GCACGACUCGCGUCCUGAAAAACGCCGCAUUCCUUGCAUCGAACGCGACAAACACGAGGACCAGCAGGAUUCCAACAACUACGAGAAAUACAAGUGGUCCUAUGAGUGGGACAUCCUCUUCCUCAUCAUCAUCCUUCUCCUCCGCAGGAGUAGUUCAUGUGAUAUCUUUACCAGUAUUGUGGAAGUGCGUGGCACGUAUAACCGCUGCUGCUGUGGCACAUUCCAAACAGCCGAUGACAGUUUUGUGGAUCCUAAGUUUGAUUCAGUUGUGUGAUGGCAUUACAUUGCGAAGGAGGGAAGCAAUUCAUGGUUCUCUUGGUGGGGGUAGUGCGGGUGUUAAUGGUGGAGUUGGAGUGGGAUCAUCUAGUGCUGGUGGUGGAGGAGGAGUAAAUAAAGAUGCUGCAGGGCGAACGUCGAGUUCAUCCCAACUACAAGCUCGUUCGUCGUCGAUGUUGAAUAUUAAAGGAAGUCCCUGUGCUACUGCUGUUCUCCAUGUGGACGCAGGCGAUGUUGCAUCAAAAACUGCUGGAGCGACGUCAGCAGGCUCGUCUGCUACAACAACUACCAAUUUGAACGACAACGCCGACGGCAGUAGCACAUCCAAUCCUUACGGGUUUCCAAAUUACAUCUCCCACUACCAUCCUUGACCUAGAGCAUUUUCUCUAGUAAGUAGAAAAAAGGCCAAGGAUGUUCUGAGGAAUGUAUAAUUGCGCAACCUCUAAAAUCCAGCCUUUUUUGACUUAGGAGCGCACAUCGACAUCUCGCGUUUCAAGAAAGACGUGGGUGCUCUGGUUACGCGUGUCGUUGGCCUUUUCGCUGAUCAUAGUAGCUCCUCAGAAACAGCCUCUGCGCAACAACGCAAUAUUAAGGCUACCACAAAUCCAUCUUCACAGGCAUCCUGAGACCGUUUUGAAGGGGGAAAAGGUUCCAGGAUGCGCGCGAAGAUGGAUUUCUUUUAGAUCUAACAAUAAGAGUAUGGACUUGUCGCCUCCUUUCCCGCCACAUUUAGAGGCAACGAAUGAAUACGACACACGCGCUGUAGCAAUGUACAAUUGGCGAUUCAAACCCUUGUUGCAACUCUCUAAACUCUCUUCUGGUAUAGGAGGAGCACAUCAGUCCUCUUCGCCUCCUCGCGAGCAAUUUCUCCAAUUCCUUCCCCCAAGAGGGAGUGAUGUGGCGAGUCUCUACGCUUUGCGGUUUUUAUCUGUGUUUCUAGAAAGUUUAGGUCGCGGUAGCGACGGAGAGCCCAAACGCGGAACGCCGUUUGCACAGGCGGUCGUAGAUGCCUUGUUGUACUCCAAGUACUCGACCCUGGUACACGCUCAAGUUCUUGGGGAAUUGAUUCCGAGAGUAGUGCAAUCGCCUUCAUCUUCCUCCAGCUCCUCCUCUUCAAAGACAUCAAGCGAGAAGACACGGAGAGCUUUGCCCUUGGAAGAUAGAAAAAAGUCCUCCUCAUCGUCUAGGAGAAUUAAGCCAGCAGAGGUGGCACCAAAGGAUUCCAGUACAAUGUCGAGACAGGAGAAUGAUCUUGAUCAAGUGCAAGCUCAAGUGGUAGUGGACGAUGCUUGUGGCUCUUCGACUUCUACGAGUACAACAAUUAAGGGUAGGCUAAAGGUGUUCUUGUAGUUAUACCGUUCGUGUUGCCUUCCUGAAGGGGGAAAGGCAUAACGAACGGGGUAAACGAACACCAAAAACCUACCUCUAAAACAGCUUCCGAACGGCUAUUCGAGAUACAAGAGCAAAGGGAGGCUGCUUUUCGUGCGCUGCAUCGAGAACGAGAAGCCCUGUAUCAAUCGGAAUGGGCCUAUUUGUUGCUGUGCUCGUUACAACAUCUGCCGUACGACUUGUACCGCACAACGAUCAUGAAAACAUUGCGGAGUUCUCUUUUAGCCGCGAUCAACGACGGGAAGUUCUUCGAACAGAACUUGGUGGAUGCUCGAUCACUAGGUUGCUGGCAAACGAUUGUGCGGGAACUGAUCACUGCAGAGAGAGCGACAAACGCGGCAAAUCCGAGUUUUAUUAUGGUCAGAAGCUUUGAUCAUUAUAUAUCUUUGUUGUUCAGCAUCUCUUUGAUAUCCUUAUGUCCCUAUAGUAGAGGAAUACGAGGGAAUAAAGGUCGCACCAAGAAGAUCACACGAUCGAGAUGGAUUCUUCUCGCAGUAGACUCUAAUUUCAAUUCCGACUCGCAAUCCUCCCUGUUUCAGAUUUGUUGGGUCUACACGAGAAACAUCUUGACCACGCCAUUGCAGGAAAGCACUAGAAAAGUGGAAUUUCUGCGCAGAUUGUCGUUUGUUUUGUUCUCCGGCGAACAAGACGUCUUCGCAAAUGAGUUGCGGGAAAUCAUAACCAAACUGACACAGUGCUUACAAACAAAACCCUUAGGCGGACAAUUGCGAAUUGAGGUGUUGUUUGUUAUCCGCAUCCUCUUGUUGAAGAUGGCUCCGAGGUACUUGAUAUGAAAUGAAAAUGGUUCGUUUUACUUAAAUUUUGGUUUUUUAUCGCCGUCCGGCCAUCUCCCUAGAAGAGUAAAGCGAGGCGAUGUAAGGCGCCAGACUGGCUAGUUGGUAGCAACAAGGCUCAAGCUCUUCGGGGACUCCUUCGGCCCUCCCUCUCCUUAGCAAUAGUGUUCGCGUUAAAAUGGAUCCAAAGCGGUAAAAUAAGACUUUUAAGUAAAAGGAACCGUUUCCAUUUCAUACUUGACGCCCUGCUGGCCGUUGAUUUUAGCGGAGCUGAUCGGCGUUUUUAGUAGUUUGUCGGCGAAAGUGGCGGAAACAGUCAGACAGAUGCACAUGACGAAGGGGACAUCAAUCAAUUCCGCAUCUAACAGACGGCCACUAGAAGACGAAUUGGAGACGAAGCAAGUCCUUGCUGCAUUGAAACUAGUCGACAUGGCAGGCCUUUUGGACUUGGAGGAAUUCACCUUGCACCAGUGGAUGUUUCAUACCACUGUGGAUGUUACUUCCGGUAGUGCGAGUAAUCUUGCUGGUAGUACAAGUGCAGGUGCUGGAACAAGCGGUGCGAAUACUCAAAGAGUGGCUGGUAACAACAUUUUUAAGGCGAGUAGUUUUUCAUGCAUUAUAAAUAUAUAAGUAUUCUUAAGGCAAAUAGUUUUUCAUGUAUUAGUAAUAUUUAAGAUUGGUUCUUCUAACUGCGAGGUUAGUGAAGUUAAAUAAGCUACAAUCUAUCUCAUACUCCAUUAUUAUUCAUAAGUCUACGUAGUACUAGAAGACUUUCUUUGCUUUUUUUACAUUUCGUUGUUCAAAUAUGGAUUAAUUUUGAUUCUCGAAUCUAUUUUGUUUUCUAGAACCAGAAAGCUAUAUUAGUAGCUGCCUCUAACGGUGCCACCACACGAGAAGUUCCGAGCAAGCCUGAGAAGAAAUUUAGACCGUUUUCCGUGACCUUGCGCAGAUUACUAGAACGGGUCGAGACGCUUGAACAGGGCAGCUCAGCAAACUCGUCUUCAUCUGCUAGAACGACCACAACAACAGCUUCCUCUUCGAUAGUAGGUUGCUCCUCUGCCACUUUGACUUCCAGAAGCAAUAGGAACAACAAGAGCAGCACUAGUACUAGUACUAUUACUACUGGAUCAACAAACACCAAUACAUCAAACAUCAUCGAGCACGAUACACCCUUAUUACCUGCUUGUAGGAUGUUGAAUGAUACAAGCAUCGGAGGAAUGCUUUCUAGGCAACAGAUCAGUCAUGAAGAGAGGAUGCGCUUAGUCGCGCAAGAUUUUCUGAGUGUGGAAGCUGCUGCUCAUGAAUUUCCCGUUUUUGAUGCCGCACAAUACGCGAAAAGGAUUCAUUACGCAGUCGUUAGGGGGUAACGAGAACGCUUGACGAUACAGGAUGAAUAAAUGAUACACAUUGUCGCUUGGCGCUUGCACACUUACUUUGAUUACAACGAUACAACUUCUUUGGCUUGCUCAUCGACCUCGAUUACGAUACAACUUUUUGCUUGCUGCUUCUUAAUAUCUUCUGCAGCCGUGAAGAUCAUUUUUUUUGUUGCUUUAUCUUCACAAUUGCUGCUCCCUGCGCCUAUUCUUCUUGUUACUCGUACCUACUUGCUCAUCAUGAUAAUCACACAUGCUAUGUACAUCAUGAACAUACGGGUUUCAUGAGCCCCCAGAUGGUGUAGCUUGACUGGGUGGGAACUACAUGCGCAUGGGAAUGUUGAUGACACGAUGACGGUUGAUCUGCUGUAAUCAUGUUUCGACGACUCGCCUUGUUGUCGACAAGCAGCACUUACUCCUUUGCUCUUCCAAGAUGGG